AUGAGAGAGAGUUGGUGGGUGUUGCUCACAGCGUCGUCUUCAUCAUCUUCUUCUCACCCCCACUCAUAUUUGAUCUCUGAGAGAAAUGAAGCUGCUGUAAAUGAUCCACUGCUUGACCAAAAGUAUAUGGCUUUGGAAUUUGCUUCAUUGUCUGAUGGAAAGGAGGCAGCAGCUAGAGCAGCUAACUUCCUUUUUGUGAAGUAUUAUUUGGGUGGAGCGGAUAAAAAACCCAUCUUCACUGAAUCUCUCAUGGCUGAGGCAUUAAAGGCUGUUGGUUGUAAGGUGACGGAACCUGACCUUCUAUUAGUGUAUGGCCCUGCAAGAUGCCACCUAGGGUUCCCAGCAUGGAGACUUCGGUACACUGAGAUUGUACAUAUGGGACCAUUGAAGUCCAUGAAAUAUGGUUCCCUAAUAAAAGUCAUUCGCAAGUUCACAAUGGUGCGCCAGAACUAUGGUACAUGA